AUGCACACACGUUCCUCGGGCCCACCUGAUACUUCACCAUUCUCUGAACCCGAACGCGAGUUUCACCGUCGUUUACGCCAGCCACAGGUACUUCUUCCUGAUCUUGUCUUUUCUGUAGUUAUGGCUGAUCGUAGGACUGUUGCUGAUCACAUUAGUGUUGCUCCUACCACCGUUCGCUCGAGCAUCACACUUCCUGCUGUAGAGGCGAACAACUGGACCAUCCCACCCACCUUGAUCAACACCAUUACCCAUUCGGUCCAGUUCCAUGGUUUACGAGACGAGGACCCACAUGCUCAUCUGACUAGAUUCGGUAGGGUCUGUAGUACUUUCCGCCUUACGGGCGUUACUGAGGAGGCCAUUCACCUUCGUUUGUUUCCCUUCUCACUCACUGAUCAGGCUGCUAUCUGGUUGGACUCCCUCCCACAGGGAGCAAUCACUACUUGGAAUGAUCUUCAAUCUAAAUUCUUACAAAAAUACUUCCCACCUGCAAAAACCGCUCGUCUUAGAAAUCUCAUCUAUGCAUUCACUGAGCAGCCAGGGGAGUCUUUCUACGAGACAUGGGAUAGGUUUAAGGCGUUGCUGAACAAGUGCCCUCACCAUGGGCUUGAGGAGUGGAGAGUCGUGGAGAAAUUCUAUAAUGGAGUUUCUGAAGCGACUAAGAGACUGCUUGACUCCACCGCAGGAGGAAACAUGAUGAAGACCAAGACUGCUGCUGAGUGUCUUGAGAUGAUGGAGGAUCUGGCCACCAGUACUUAUACCGAGCCAGGCUCCGGGGGCGUUACUGCUGCCUCUAGGGGUAUUCAUACGGUGGAUUCUAGCGUAGCUUUAGCCGCCCAGGUCGAGUCCUUGACAAAGAUGGUCAAGGACAUUCAGGUGAAGAUUAGCUCUAAGUGUGAGGUGUGUAGAGGUGGGCAUGAGACGGUAGAUUGCCCGGUAGGAUCUGAGGAGGAGUUGAGAUUUAUACAGAACCAGGGACGAGGCCAGGGUUACAACUCUGGAUGGCAGCCGCGCCAGACCUCGAACUGGCAGGGAAGGAAUCCCCCUGGAUUCCAACCACGUCAGAGUCUCUUUCAGACCCCUGCUGAUGGACAGAGUAGUGGAGAGCCCAAGUCUGAGUUGAGCGAGUUCUUGAAGAGGAAUGAGGAGAGUCAGAGUAGGACGAAUAAACUCCUAGAGUCGAUAGUGAUGCAGGGUGAGGCUAGACAUCAGGAGCAGGUCAAGAAAAAUCAGGAGUUUGAGCUCAUGUUUAGGAAUCAGGGGUCCACCAUAAAGAGUCUAGAGAGGACCGUUGGAGAGAUGGCCAAUAGGAUGACUGAGAGGCCAGUAGGUACAUUCCCUAGUAGCACCCAGACUAACCCAAACGCCACUGCAAAGGCAGUGACUACUAGGAGUGGUAGGAGAGUAGAAGAGGAGAAGCCGGUAGACGAGGACGAGGACCCGGUUGAUGAGGAGAUUGAGAUGGAGACUCCUGCUGGCAAAGUGCACCCUAGGCUGCGCCCAGCAAGUACAGCACAGUCCAGCGAGUCUUCGGGAGAGAAGGAGAAGGAAAAGGAGCCACUUAGAGUCUAUAAACCCACAGCUCCUUACCCUGGUAGGCUUUUAGCUAAGAGCGAUUCUGAGCAGUAUUCACGGUUCUUGGAGAUGCUGAAGAAACUCCAUGUGAACCUUCCUUUCAUUGAGGCUCUGUCUAAAAUGCCUAAGUACGCCAAGUUCCUAAAGGAUCUUCUCACAAACAAGAAGAAACUAGAGGAGUUGUCUACUGUCACUCUUAGUGAGGAGUGUUCUGCAGUCGUGCAGAACAAGCUUCCUAAGAAGAUGACUGAUCCAGGGAGUUUCACCAUUCCGUGUCUGAUCGGAGAUCUUACUGUCAGCCAUGCGCUGGCCGACCUAGGAGCUAGCAUUAACCUCAUGCCUUACUCCAUUUUUGCUAAGCUCAAUCUAGGCGAGCCAUCUCCUACGCGCAUGAGCCUUCAGCUCGCAGAUCGAUCUGUGAAGUUUCCACGUGGUAUCGUAGAGAAUAUGCUUGUCAAGGUUGACAAGUUCGUUUUUCCGGUGGAUUUCGUCAUUCUUGAUAUGGACGAGGAUUCUAAAGUUCCACUUAUUUUAGGACGUCCAUUCCUUGCUACUGCCCGAGCCGUCAUUGAUGUUCUUGACGGUAAGCUUACUCUCCGCGUCGACGAUGAUGCGGUCACCUUUGACAUUCAGCAUUCGAUGAAGCAUACGCCGCAGCAUGACGACACUCUUUACUUUAUAGACACUCUUAUGUCACAUGUAGGUAGUUUUCUUGGUGAGGUUUGCGGUAGAGAGUCUAUAGAGACCCAAAUGUUAGGGGUAGAUGUCGAGGGCAUUGAGUUGACCGAGUUCGACCUAGAGCAGGAUUCACCAUUACCAUCCAGCGAGCCAUCCAUAGGAUCCGAAUGUUUUAAGGUUUCUGAGGUGUUUGAAGUGUUAGAGAGAAAGACUCCUGAGGAGAAACCAUCAGUGGAGAUACCCCCGCCUCUAGAGCUGAAGGAACUGCCAUCUCACUUGGAGUAUGCAUUCCUUGGCGAGGGAUCUCAGUUGCCCGUCAUUAUUUCAUCGAGUUUGACGGAGGAGGAGAAGGAGAGACUGAUGGUUGUUUUGAGGGCGCACAGGCAUGCUAUUGCCUGGAAGUUAGUAGACAUCAAGGGUAUUAACCCUUCCUUUUGCACCCACAAAAUUCUUAUGGAGGAGGAGUAUAGACCGGUGGUACAGCCGCAGAGGAGGCUGAACCCCAGUAUGCAGGAUGUGGUGAAGAAGGAGGUGUUGAAGCUGCUCGACGCCGGCCUGAUUUACCCGAUCUCUGAUUCUGCAUGGGUCAGCCCUGUCCAGGUAGUUCCCAAGAAGGGGGGUAUGACUGUGGUGGUGAACGAGAAGAAUGAAUUGAUACCCACCAGGACAGUCACCGGAUGGAGAGUCUGCAUUGACUACCGCAGACUUAAUGAUGCCACUCGCAAGGAUCACUUUCCCUUGCCGUUUAUUGAUCAGAUGCUUGAGCGACUGUCGGGGCAGCAAUUCUAUUGCUUCCUUGACGGUUUUUCCGGUUAUUUCCAGAUUCCCAUCGCACCGGAGGAUCAGGAGAAAACCACCUUUACAUGCCCCUACGGCACCUUUGCGUACCGACGCAUGCCGUUUGGACUAUGUAAUGCUCCGGCUACUUUCCAGCGCUGUAUGGUGGCCAUCUUUCAUGAGCUUAUCGAGGACUCCAUGGAGGUUUUCAUGGACGACUUUUCUGUUUUUGGGAGUUCCUUCGAUUCGUGUCUGCGUAAUCUAGAUCGAGUGCUAGCUCGUUGUGAGGAGACGAACCUGAUGCUUAAUUGGGAGAAGUGUCAUUUUAUGGUUCGUGAGGGGAUUGUGUUAGGUCACAAGAUUUCACACGCGGGGCUUGAGGUGGAUCAGGCCAAGAUUGAUACGAUUUCCAAGCUCCCGCCGCCUACUUCUGUGAAAUCUAUUAGGAGCUUCUUAGGUCACGCAGGAUUCUAUCGCCGCUUUAUUCGUGACUUCUCUAAGAUAGCUAGGCCUAUGACCCAGUUGUUGGAGAAGGACAGGCCAUUUGUUUUUGAUGCCGAGUGCACUAGGGCCUUCGAGUUGUUGAAGGAGAGGCUUGUUACUGCUCCCAUUCUUGUGGCUCCCGAUUGGAGUCUUCCGUUUGAAGUCAUGUGCGACGCAAGUGAUUCUGCCGUUGGAGCCGUUUUAGGGCAGCGUAGGGAGAAGCAUUUUCAUCCCAUCUAUUACGCUAGCAAGACCCUAAACGAUGCUCAGGAGAAUUACACCACGACUGAGAAGGAGUUGUUAGCAGUUGUGUUUGCAUGUGACAAGUUUCGGUCCUACUUAGUGCUUUCUAAGACCAUUAUUUUUACUGAUCACGCUGCACUUAGGUACUUGUUCGCGAAGAAGGACGCGAAACCCAGGUUGAUUAGGUGGAUUCUCUUGCUCCAGGAGUUCGACAUAGAGAUUAGGGAUAAGAAGGGAGCAGAGAACGUGGCUGCUGACCACCUAUCUAGGCUUGAGAAUUCAGAGAGUGAGCUGUCUAGCGGGGGGACAAUAGGCGAUUCCUUCCCACAUGAGAUGUUGAUGUAUGUGAGGGCCCAAGAAGAGGGCUAUCCCUGGUUCGCAGAUUUUGCGAACUACUUGUCCACAGGAGAGCUUCCACACGAGAUGCCAUACCAGCAGAAGAAGAAAUUCUUUGCCGACCUUAAAUUCUACAUAUGGGAGGAUCCUUAUUUGUUUAGGAUAGGUGCGGAUCAGAUGGUUAGGAGGUGUGUGACUAAACCCGAGACUCGUAGUAUUCUUGAGCAUUGUCAUUCGGGGCCCGCUGGUGGCCACUUCGGGGGAGCGUAUACCGCUAAGCGAGUGUUUGAUUCGGGGUUUUAUUGGCCCACCAUCUUUAGGGACGCCCACGAGUUUGUUCGUAGUUGUGAUGCUUGCCAGAGAGCCGGCAACAUCUCAUCCCGGAAUGAGAUGCCCCAAAACCCCAUCCAGGUGGUUGAGAUUUUUGAUAUCUGGGGCAUCGAUUUCAUGGGACCCUUCCCCAUGUCACGUGGGAGUCGUUACAUCCUUGUAGCUAUCGAUUAUGUGUCUAAGUGGGUAGAGGCGAAAGCUUUGGCCACUAAUAGUGCUAGGGUUGUAGUGAAGUUUCUGAGAGAGUUGUUUGCUAGGUUCGGCACUCCUAAGGCCAUCAUUAGUGAUCGUGGCACCCAUUUCUGUAACUCGCAGAUGGAGAAGGUGUUGAAGCGCUAUGGGGUCACCCAUCGGCUUUCGACUGCCUAUCACCCUCAGACGAGUGGACAGGUGGAGAAUGCCAAUCGUGGCAUUAAGCGUAUCUUGGAGAAGACUGUCGGACAGAGCCGUAUUGACUGGGCCGACAAUUUAGAUGACGCACUCUGGGCUUUCCGUACUGCGUAUAAGACACCUAUCGGGACCACACCCUUUAGGAUGAUCUAUGGGAAAGCGUGCCAUCUUCCGGUUGAGUUAGAACACCGGGCGUACUGGGCCUUGCGAAAGGUAAAUCUUGAUAUGGAUGCUGCGGGUAAGAAACGGUUUCUCCAGAUACAUGAGUUAGAAGAGUUGCGUGAUGAAGCAUACGAGAAGUCGUGGGCUUACAAGGAGAAGACUAAGCAGUUGCAUGACCGCCACAUUAAGAGUGUGAAAGAAUUUAAGUGUGGGGAUAAGGUGCUGCUUUAUAAUUCCCGGUUAAGGUUGUUUCCGGGAAAGUUGAAGUCACGAUGGACGGGUCCGCAUUUAGUCACUGAGGUUUUUCCGUAUGGCACUGUUGAGAUUGAGAAUGAGGAAGGUCAAAGGUUUAAGGUGAAUGGGAAUAGGUUGAAAAUCUACAUUGAGGGCCCAUCUGAGGAGAGAGAGGGAGAGACGCUUGAUCUUCCCGAGGUUGGCAUGAGUGUGUGAGGUGUAGGCUUAUUUGUUGUAGAGUUUUGUAUAUUUUCUUUCAUUUUACUAUUGAGUCAGUCUUGAGUCGGUCUUCGUUUAGAGUCGAUAUUAUGCUUGGGUUUGCUUUGUUUUGUUUGUGCAGGUUUGGAGGAUACCGCCCGUACUCAAUCUCCAUUCGGGCGGGGAUUUCGAGCUUUGUCAUUAUUGUAAAAGGCAGCCAGGUAUAUCAGUUUUGGAUACGAUCGCGAAGGAAAUGCUAUACGGUCGUGUACGGGUUCGGAUUGAUGACACGCGCAGCUGGCACUGAUUUUUAUCCUAACCAGCUAAGUCCUUUCCAAUUCGUUAUUUUUUGUAUAUUAUUUUAGGUUUUAUUUCUUAUUUAUUUUUAGUUGUCUUUCAUCCUACAUUGGGGACAAUGUAAACUUUAAGUGUGGGGAUGGGAGACUACGUCUUUCUAGCUAGAUUUGAGUAAAAAAAAAAAAUCAAAAAAAAAAAAGAAAAAAAAAUUGAAAAAUUGAAAAAAAGUGAGUUUGUUGCGAGUCCCGGUCCUGUAGCGCGUAGAAAACAAAAACCUUUUCAAAACGUCGGUCAAAAACGGUUUAAUUGUCGAAUUUACGAGUCGAGAGCGCAUGUUUCUUUAAGUUGCGGGAUAGUAGGUUGACUGAAUCGGUUUUUGGGUGUAAAAGGUUUUGGGAUGCCUAGGAUAGUGGAUGGAGCCGGAGAGUUAAUUGAUUAUGCAUUGUUGAUAUCAUUAGCCCUUAUUUUCCACAUGAUAGUGAGAUUUGAGCCUUUAUAUGUUCAUAUUUAUAUGUUCAUUACUUUCGUUUCAUGUGUGUUUACCGACUUUGUUGCAUUACUUUAGAACUUGUGCGUUUUGAUACAAUUUGAGACCUUCGGUUAGGAUUUGGCAUGGAUGUGAUAGAGGCAUUAGGAUCACCUUGUUUGUGUAACCUUUGUGUUUAACCCGUUUCACCAUUACCCUUAGUUACACCACUUUGAGCCUAACCAUUCGUUUGUUACCCUUUUGUGAUUUGAUAGCCGGAUCGUGUUACGUGAUUAUUAUAAAAAAAAAAGUGAAAAUCGAAAAAAAAAGAGCAAAAGAUGAGAAAAAAAAGAAAAAAAAAAGAAUAAAAGCUGUGGGUCGAAAUGACCAAUUUGUUAGUGUUUGUUUCGUGCUUAUCCGGUUUAUUGUGUGAUUAUGUGUUUAGCCACUUUUUCCCAAAAAAAAAAAUAAAAAUAAAAAUAAAAAAUAACCUACCUUUAGCCCUUGCCUACCCGUUUAAGCCCUUUUGAUCCGUGCCGAAUUCUAACAUUUAGGUGGAGAUUUGAUUGACGUACAAGCUUAUGAUAGUAUGCUUCAUAGUUUGGUUUUGAGAGUUCACUUACAUAUAUAUUAGCCGAGAGAUGAGUGAAAUUGUGAGGGGUGUCGACAUUGCAUAAUUGAUUGCUUGAAGGUAAGAAAAACUUGCUUAGGUAUGCCCGUUUUCAUUUAAAUAUUAUGAUUCGUCACCUUUUGAACGUUGUAAGUCUUGCGAAACCGCUGUGUUUGAUGAUUUCGUAGUUCGGGUUAUAAUUUGUUCGAGACUUGCGUUGUUGUUAAGUGUUUAAGUUGGACAUGUUGCUUGGGAUUUUGCUUAGGGACAAGCAAAAGGUAAAGUGUGGGGAUA